UUCCUCCAGUGUGAGAGAACUACAAGUGCAAGGAAAGUUCUAAGCCACGUUGGAGAUAAAUACGUGGUUGCUUCUUCUCGCUCAGUUAUAUCCACCUUUCCAGACUUCCACCAGAAGCUUCCGACGAUACCAUGGGAACAGAAACUUAUGUUGAUGUUCUGAUAAUUGGAGCUGGUCCAACCGGCCUCGGUGCCGCAAAACGUUUGCAUCAGCUUAACAAAGCUUCAUGGAUGCUUCUCGAAGCAAACGAUAGUCCCGGCGGACUGGCAUCAACAGAUGUUACGCCGGAGGGAUUUCUCUACGACGUCGGCGGCCACGUCAUCUUCUCUCACUACAAAUAUUUCGACGACUGUCUCGACGAAGCCCUACCGCACAAGACGGACUGGUACACGCACCAGCGCAUAUCCUAUGUGCGCUGCAAGCAUACUUGGGUUCCUUAUCCGUUCCAAAACAACAUCGGUAUGCUCCCGAAGGACGAGCAGGUAAGAUGUAUGCAUGGCAUGAUCGAUGCUGCCCUCGAGGCAAAGGUCGCGAACACGAAGCCAAGGAAUUUCGAUGAGUGGAUUAUCAGAAUGAUGGGCACUGGUAUUGCGGAUCUCUUCAUGCGGCCGUACAACUUCAAGGUUUGGGGAGUACAUACGACAAUGAUGCAAUGUUCAUGGCUCGGCGAGCGCGUAGCCGCACCCGAUCUCAAAACCGUCACCAGAAACGUUAUUCUCGGGAAGGCGGCGGGCAACUGGGGGCCCAAUGCGACGUUCCGCUUUCCCGCGCGCGGGGGCACAGGGGGCAUCUGGACUGCCGUCGCUGGAACGCUCCCACAGGAGAAGCUGGUUCUUGGGAAGCUGCGCGGCGAGGUUCAGGCCGUGAACGCCGAUUCAAAGGUCGUGAUCACCAGGGAUGGCAAGAAGAUCCGCUACGGGAGGCUCAUCAGCACCAUGGCUGUCGACCAACUCACACAGAAGAUGGGAGACUGCCAGUUGGUGGGCCUCACCAACCAGCUCUACUACUCCACUACACAUGUAGUGGGACUCGGAAUCCGAGGCGCCAGACCGCAGAAUAUCGGCGAUAAAUGCUGGCUCUACUUCCCUGAGGACGACUGUCCGUUCUAUAGGGCCACCAUCUUUAGCAACUACUCCCCACACAACCAACCUUCUUCGGAUGUAGAGCUACCAACAAUCCAGAAGGCAGAUGGCAGCAAGCCUGGGCCUGCAGCAGCAGAAGCGAAGGGCGGCCCCUACUGGUCGCUCAUGAUAGAAAUCACCGAGACCUCUCUGAAGCCGAUCCAAAUCGCAACGCUCCUCGCAGACACAAUCCAAGGCUGCGUCAACACUUCACUCCUGUGUCCCUCGGACGAGAUCGUUUCGACGUAUCACAGACGCUUCGACCACGGCUACCCGAUCCCCACGCUGGAACGCGACGGCGUGCUGAAACAGGUGUUGCCGAAGUUGCAGGAGAUGGAUAUCUACUCUCGCGGGCGCUUUGGAAGCUGGAAAUACGAGGUCGGAAACCAGGAUCACUCAUUCAUGCUCGGUGUCGAGGCGGUUGAUCACAUCUUGCUUGGAGCUGCGGAAUUGACUCUAAAUAAUCCGGACUUUGUCAACGGUCGUAAUAAUGUGGAACGGAGGCUGUUUGACGGGAAGAAAGGUCUUGGUUUGGAGUAGGUGAGUAGUUUGUGAUGUUACGGAAUACCAUAUAGAAGGAUACAAACGGGUUGGUAGUAGAAUUAUACAUAGACAGGCGGGCUUCAGCGC